UCUCAUCUCACUGUACUAUUCUCAGUCUUGAAUUUAAAUUUGCGCGCAUCAGUCGCAGUCUAGGUUGUUGAGAUAAAUUGUGAUCUGUGUCACAUUAGCAAAGGCUUGUUUAUAUUUAGCAUUCAGAUAAAGCGUUUAUCGUACGGCUUACGCCUAGUGGAUAACUGUACAUGAUAAUGCAUUAUAAUCAUGAUUAAUUAAAAAUGGCACUGUCGAAGUGUUUGUUGUUAAUCUUUAUUACAGCGUUAACCUUUAGUAAUACCAUCAAUGGUCAAAGACUUCUUGAUAACAGGCAGCGAACAUUCACGGUUGACUACGAAAACAACACAUUUCUGCUAGACGGAGAACCAUUUCAAUACAUUUCCGGAUCGUUUCACUAUUUUCGAGCUUUGCCUCAGUCAUGGGGUCCAAUAUUGAAAUUGAUGAGGGCUGCUGGCUUGAAUGCAAUAACUACAUACGUGGAAUGGUCACUACACAAUCCAAAAGAAGGGGUGUAUAAUUGGGAAGGGAUGGCCGACAUUGAGCGAUUCAUCCAUAUGGCACAAGAAGAAGAUCUGCUGGUGAUCCUCCGACCGGGGCCGUAUAUUUGUGCCGAGAGGGAUAUGGGUGGAUUUCCUUAUUGGUUACUCCACAAGUAUCCCGGAAUACAAUUAAGAACGGCUGAUGUUGCUUACUUGCGCGAAGUUCGAACGUGGUAUGCAGAGUUGUUUUCAAGGUUGGAGCCAUAUUUUUACGGAAACGGUGGGCCAAUAAUAAUGGUACAAGUGGAAAAUGAAUACGGAUCUUUUUAUGCGUGUGAUCACAAGUACAUGAAAUGGCUACGGGAUGAAACCGACCGAUAUGUAAAAGGCAACGCUGUACUCUUCACAAACAAUGGUCCAGGUCUCACGCAAUGUGGAGGUGUUGAAGGAGUUUUAUGCAGUUUGGACUUUGGUGCUGGAUCUUCUGACGAAAUUGAUGGUUUCUGGAAGGAGCUUCGUAAACACCAACCGAAAGGUCCGUUAGUGAAUGCAGAAUACUACCCAGGAUGGCUGACUCAUUGGCAAGAACGGCAAAUGGCACGUGUUCCGAUUGAACCGAUUGUAAUAUCAUUACGACAUAUGCUAAGUUCAAAGGUGAAUGUCAAUAUCUACAUGUUUUAUGGAGGGUCAAACUUUGGAUUCACUGCAGGAGCUAACGAACAAGGCCCUGGACGGUUUAUUCCGGACAUAACUUCAUACGAUUACGAUGCACCUUUGGAUGAAUCGGGAAACCCAACACCAAAAUACCAAGCUAUUCGUCAAGUGAUUUCUGAGUUUUUUCCUAUGCCCAGCAAACCAAUUCCAACUCCUACUCGUAAAAUGUCACUCCCCUCUGUCAUAUUGAGACCAAUUGAUAAUCUAAUGAACAAACUUGUCCUUCGUGCAAUCGCAUCACCUGAGGUGCUGAACAGUACCCCUCUGACCUUUGAAGCUCUGAACCAAUAUUCUGGACUGGUACUUUAUGAAGCACUUUUGCCGGACAAUUUAAAGACAGAUCCUCUCAAAUUGACCGUUGAAAAAGUAAACGACCUGGGUUACGUUUUUGUAGACACGAAUUUCAUUGGAACACUGUCUAGGCAGAACUCAGUCAAUACUCUUCCCAUAACUCUAGGAUUGGGCGAAAAGCUACAAAUAAUCGUUGAAAAUCAAGGCCGCAUUAACUUCGGCACCCCAAACGAUUUCAAAGGUUUAGUUGGGAAUGUUUUCAUCAAUACUCAAAAAGUGCUUAAUUGGACCAUGACGGGAAUACCGUUGGACAAUAUAAAAGAUAUAAGCGAAUAUGUUUCCAAAAAGAUUCAAUUGGAUAGUAGGUACCCACUUAAACGUAGCAGGUUUAAUCAGGGAACGCCCUUACGCCAUGGUCCAAUGCUAUUCUACGGUACCUUCGACAUUGCAAGAAUAGACAUCCUCGAUACCUACUUGAACCCAUCUGGGUGGGGCAAAGGUAUUGUUUAUAUCAAUGGAUUCAACCUAGGACGAUACUGGCCUCGAGUGGGACCGCAGAUAACGCUCUAUUUGCCGCGGCAUAUUCUUAAAAGUACGAUGAAUGAGAUUAUACUUGUCGAGUAUCAAACGGUCAAGGCUCCGUUUAUGACUGUUGGAUUUGAUAGCUCACCUAAGUUCAACUGAUUGUGCAGGGCAGCAUACUUACAAAGGGUUAUGAGUGUAUGUCGAAUAAAAAUCUUUCAAAUAAAAUAAAAUAAAAAUCAAUAGAAUGUCUCAGCAUUCA